UGUCACGCCAGACCACAACACACAAUAGAGCAGCCCAGAAACGUUCAAGUUAAAUUUUUGUUGAGAGCAUGGCAACCUGUUUGGAGCGUUACUUCUGUCCCAAUAAGCCCGUCUGCAGCACAGGGAGACGGGCCACCUUCUACUAUCCUGGCGGAGGCACCUACUCCGGGUACUGGCUGUGCAACAAGCUUCAUGGGUGGGGCGUGAAGAAGACCGCGAAGCGGACCACGGCCGACUUCGCGGGCAAGAAGGUGCCGGACGGCCAGCUCGUCUAUGAGGGACACUGGGUGCAGAACAAGCGGCAGGGAGUCGGGUCGAUGCUGCGCAAGCGGGGCACCAACGUCCAGCUGAUAUACGCCGGACAGUGGUACGACGAUAUGAAGUGCGGCGAGGGGAAGCAGUUCUACCCAGAUGGGUGCGUGUACUUCGGGAAGUGGCUGAGGAACAGGCGCCACGGUCUCGGCAUCCAGUGGUACAAGGACGGCAGCAUUUAUGUGGGCGAGUGGGAGACUGACUUCCGACACGGCCUUGGCGUCAUGUUCUAUGCUAAUGGCAACCGCUACGAGGGCCACUUCGCACGUGGCUACAAGAACGGGGAGGGCGUGUUCUACCACAUGCACACUGGGCAGAUCCAGAAGGGGAUGUGGGAGAACGAUAAUGUGAAGACCUCGGUGAUGCAGGAUGAGCGAACCAUCCGAGUCAAUGAUGCCGUCACCCCCUAUCCGAUUCCGCGCAACUACCUCAAGUACCCCAAUGAGAUAAUGCGGGAGCUCUUCCAGAGGUACAAGGUCUUCGGCGAGAAGCAGCAUCGCCGGUUCAAUGACAAGCUCAGCCUCAACUUUAUCCACCACAACCGGCAGUACGCGUCCUUCGAAGAUCGGGACGCCACGCCGACCAUUGUUGACCUGUAUCCUGACGUCAAGUUCUCCUGCACCUGCGACUGCGAGAAAAUCGCCAGGCACGAGACUACUGUUAGUCAGAUAUAGCCUUUAAGUAACUAAUUACGGGAGCUGAAGCUUGCUGCACCCGGACUCGCUAGUGGUCGCCGGCAAGCGUCUUACAGAUGUCAUAUACAAGUUGGCUAUUAAUAUAAAUUUUUUAUCAAUUAUUAAGAUUCUAUUUGCUUGACGUGCUCUCAGCUCUCGGCUCCACCGCCAUUUUCAAAGUGAAAAACAGGGCUACUUUAGAACUUUAAGCCGACAGAGCGAGGCUUUCUCUAAUGGCCGCUAAAAUACCUGCGUAUCUCCGUCGCCCCUGCCACAGCAUGACACGGACUUGCCACGCCCAACACGGACCACCCUCGAGCCCCGAGCCAACCCCAAAAAGGACACCCACGUUUUCUACUUAAUGAUAAAAGAAAGGACAUUAGCGAGCCUCGACGCAUCUCCACGUUUCGAGCGCCUUUCAAGUGAAAAGCAAAGAAUUAAAAAAAAUUAACAAAAAGGUCGGAGAAGAAAAGCGGUGGAAAAAAGGAAGCAGCAAAAAUGGGGACGAGCACAAUGAAAGAAAAGAAAAAGAUUUGGAGCCACCUCCCAGCAUCCCCCCAGCCGCCAUUCCGCUCCAGCUUCGGCUCCUUCCAGCUUUCCAUUUAUCAAGCUCCUUUUAUUUUGGUGCGCGGGCGUAGUUAAAAAUUAAUAAAUGAAAUUAAUGCCGGCGACACUUCGCGAGGCACUGGCCAGUGCGGAAGUUGAAGAUGUUGCCAAGGUUUUCCUUUGACUUCCCUCUGUUUA